CUCGAAGAUGUAUAUAAGAGUGUCUACCUGUUAGCCAGGACUAUGUUGCCUUGAGGAGCAUAAACGAUGGCCAGCGUUUCGAGUUUCCGUAUUAUUCUCGUUGUAGCCGCAUGCGCUAUUGUCUUGUCCGUGAUGCUAGACGAUAGCACGUUUGGAGCCAGUGCAGAACCUGCACCUCUAGCUAGACCUAGGCCUAGACCUCGACCUCGACCUCGACCAAGACCUGGAUCCAGUCCUGCUCACAUGCCACCCAAGAAAACUAAGCCUGUACCAUCUAAAGCUCCUGCUUCCCCUGCUUCCCCUGCAUCUCCAGAAUCGGCUGGAUAUCCUGCGAUUCCUGGUACUUCUGGAUUGACUGCGACUCCUGGUGCCCCUGCAACACCCGACGCUCCUGCAAGUCCAGGAGGUCCUUCAUCUUUUGGAGGUCCUGUAUCUCCUGCACAGGCAGGAUUUUCGGGAUAUCCACAAUCUUUUGGUGUUUCUUCAGGUUCCGGAGUUCAAGCCGCCCAAAGUUUUGGCACCGCCAUUGGUACCGUUUCUACAGCUGCUGGCCAAGGUGGCUCUCAACAUACUGAAUAUUCUCAACACCAGGACGUACCAGGAGAAGAAGACACGGCUGACCAAGCAUGACAAAAGCGCCUUGCCACUACUAUGCAAUCUGGACAUGAGAAGUUUGGAAUAACUAUUCCUUGAGUAUGAUACAUGUGAUCAAAUAAAUAAAAUCUAC